CCCGGAGGCCUGGCAGCGCCGCGUCGGGGGAGGCCUCGCGUCGGGAGGCCGAGCGCCGACGGCCAUGCUCGUUGCUGGCCGGCCAGCUGACGGGGACGCGCUCGCGGCCGGCGCGCAGGCGGCGUCCCUGCUCUCCGCGCGCGGAUGAGGCCCGCCCCUCCCCCACCUCCCGGGCCUCCGCGCGCGGCCCCGCCCUGCCGGCGAGCCUGUUUGGCGGGAAGUCGGCGCCGUUGGCCUCCCUGCGGCUCCGCGGGCCCGCCGGACCCCCGCGCUUCUCCCCGGAGGCGUCUCGGCCGCUCCUCGGGGGCCGCGGCAGAAGGCACAGUUCCCCUGCGCACAGGGGGCGCCAUGGCGCCCCGGAAGCGGCCCGGAACCCAGAAGACCCCCGAGGCGGCCGCGCGCCCCAAGAGCAGGAGGAACCGGAGCCCCCGGGAGCUGGAGCCCGAGGCCAAGAAGCCGUGCGCGAGGGGCCCCGGUUCUAGCAGAAGAUUUGACUCAGGCUGCCUUUGGGCGGGGUUGGCUAGCCUGCGGGGGCCGCCACCAUGCACCAGCAUCGUCAGGGCCCUCCACCAGCAUAAGCUGGGCACAGCUGCCUGGCCAUCACUGCAGCAGGGUCUCCAGCAGUCCUUUUUGAACUCUCUGGCUUCUUACCGAAUAUUCCAAAAGGCUGCCCCUUUUGACAGGAGGGCCACAUCCCUGGCGUGGCACCCAGCUCAUCCCAGCACCCUGGCCGUGGGUUCCAAAGGGGGAGAUAUCUUGCUCUGGAACUUUGGCAUGAAGGACAAACCCACCUUCAUUAAAGGGAUUGGAGCUGGAGGGAGCAUCACGGGGCUGAAGUUUAACCCCCUCAAUACCAACCAGUUUUUCACCUCCUCAAUGGAGGGAACAACUAGGCUGCAAGACUUUAAAGGCAACACUCUCCGGGUUUUUGCCAGCUCAGGCACCUGCAACGUCUGGUUCUGCAGCCUGGAUGUGUCUGUCAGAAGCCGAGUGGUGGUCACAGGAGACAACGUGGGGAACGUGAUCCUGCUGAACAUGGAGGGCAGGGAGCUUUGGAAUCUGAGGAUGCACAAAAAGAAAGUGACCCAUGUGGCCCUGAACCCAUGCUGUGAUUGGUUCCUGGCCACAGCCUCCGUAGAUCAAACAGUGAAAAUCUGGGACCUGCGCCAGGUUAGAGGGAAAUCCAGCUUCCUCCACUCGCUGCCGCACAGGCAUCCUGUCAACGCAGCUCAUUUCAGUCCCGAUGGAGCCCAGCUCCUGACCACAGACCAGAAGAGUGAGAUCCGGGUUUACUCUGCCUCCCAAUGGGACUGCCCCCCGAGCCUGAUCCCACACCCUCACCGCCACUUCCAGCACCUGACGCCCAUCAAGGCAACCUGGCAUCCUCGCUACAACCUCAUUGUUGUGGGCCGAUACCCAGAUCCUAAUUUCAAAAGCUGUACCCCCCAUGAAUUAAGGACGAUUGAUGUGUUUGAUGGCAGCUCAGGAAAGAUGAUGUAUCAGCUCUAUGACCCAGAAUCUUCUGGUAUCAUGUCGCUCAAUGAGUUCAAUCCCAUGGGGGACACGCUGGCCUCUGUGAUGGGUGAGUGUACCUCCGUCUGGUCAAACCCACGCUCCUCCCCCAGGUUCGGUGCAGGCUAACCCCAGCUUAGCGCCGCUCCGUUCACCCCAGGGGCGUAGUCAGGAAAGAUGAUGCCAGGGGGCAGCGGUCUCUUCGGCCGAGGCCCUCCAUCCCUCUUGCUUCGUCUUGGUCACAGCCGUGCCUGGCUGCUGCCCCGUUUCCUGGUUUCUCCAUACCAAGUCCCAGGCUCGCCACCCCGGCCCCACGUCCUCAGAGGCGGAUGACGGAAGGUGCGCGUCAGAUUGGUCUCGCUCCUCCUAGGUUAUCACAUUCUCAUCUGGAGCCGGGAGGAAGCUGGGACGCGGGAGUGAGAGACGUUAACGAAGGUGGGGGCCAAGCAAGGGCUUGGAGCCGCAUGAGAAAAAGCUCUGCGAGGAAAGGCGGCUUCGUGUUAAAGGGCCAGAGGUAUUUGGGUCUCAGGGUCGGAGCAGGGGCACUGGGACUGCGAUGCUGGGACUGGGACCCUGGCACGCACUGCUCUGGACGUGGCUCCAGGACCUGCAGCGCUGGUGCUGCCGCUUCCCCAGGGGCCCCUGCUAGAUCCAGCCUGGAGCCAGGCUGCUCUCCCUUCUCCUCUCGGACGUGCAGCGGCCGAGGACCCGGUGGUGGUUUUUGAUUUGCGCUCCCUAUUCACGCGGCCAAUAACGCCAAACCCAGCUGCGCUUCUGAGUGCAUCUUCCAGCACUGACCUGGGCGGAGGGCGUCUCAGGUCCCCAAGAUGAAGAAAAGGCACAGAAACAGCACGAAGAGUCCAAAACCUUCAUUCUCUGGACGCUGUCUCAGCCCUGUUCUGGGCUACAGUCAAGAGCCGUUCCGCUCACAGCCUGCCAGCUGGAGACCUCUGGCAGAUCCCAGGAGAUCCCAGCCCCGCUGAGAGGGACAGUGCUUUCAUGAUUCUGUACCACAAUUCAUCCCCCCACCUCCCCCGACCCCCUCCCAACUACAAGCAUCCUUCCGACCUGCUCAAGGUGCAGAGGUGACAAAGAUGCUGGAAGCAUUAUGUCUGACUCUAGUUAAUGGUGGCUCCCGCUGGACAAAGGAACACUUCGCCGGCUGGCUCUUGGGUGAUCUGGUUUCUUGGUGGCCAGUGUUCACACCCCCAGUGUUGUGCAGUUUUUCCCACUAAAAUAAGCACUGAGAGGCAAGCGUGUGUCCUCUGGGCCGUUUGCUAAAGACUCUGGGUUGGAAGAGAGCGUGAGCAGGGCUUGAUGGAGAGGCAAAGCACAUCAAGCACCAACUCCUUCAGUCUUUUUAUCCUGGGUCUUGAGUGGGGACUUGAAUACUUGUCUACAUGUCAGGCCCUUAGAGGGGAGCAUGGAGGAGGCAGGUCCUGUUUGGAGACAGCCAGUGUCCGACACAGUACUUGGGUAACAUCA